AUGGCUUCCGGCGUUUCUUUACCCUCGGUGGAAACUAGGACCGUUCCCCGCCCAGCCCCCAAUGGCAUGGGCAACGGCCUGUUUGCAACAACUGACAUCAAACCCGGUGAAGAUGUUUUACACAUCAAAACGCCAUUUGCCUGUCAAUCCAAGGAUUGGAAGUUUGCUCAUUCUCUUGAAUGUCCUAUUUUCAAGAAUCUCAAGCCCAUGAUUCUACCCAACAAUGCUCGUGCUCUGCUACGUAUGGUGCUGCGUACUUCAAAGAAUAAGUACAGUGCUGAGGAGACCAAGGUCUUUGAUGAUCUGGAGACUCAUAUCAAUGAGAUCCAGGAGAGCCAGGGUCAGCUGGACAGAAUCACUUUGACUGCGAGAGCUGUGAAGAAUUACUCCGGGACAGAUGUGGAUGAAGCAACUGUUUCUACCUAUGCUGCCAAGCUGGAUCUCAAUUCUUUCAACCUCACCACCUCCAUGUACGACCGUAUCGGUCUAUACUUGCAUCCAUAUGCCGGCCUGAUUAACCACAGCUGUGAUUACAACGCCACGGUUGGAUUUGACGGCGAAGAACUCUACGUCAAAGCGAUGCGGCCAAUCGAGAAAGACGAGCAAAUCUUCAUUUCAUACAUUGACACCACAACACCAUACGAUAUCCGCCGCAACGAAUUAAAAGAACGAUACUUUUUCGAUUGCCAAUGCACUAAAUGUGCCCUUGGCACAGACACACUCGAAGACCGAUUCAUUUCCACACCGGAAGACAUGACCCCACUAGAGACUGCCGAGCGAGAAGCCCUCCAGCUCAUGCAAACUGCCACCGCAUCCAGCACAGAAGCCGAAGUCACAAUCGAGCAAUUGGAAGCUGCCAUGCACACCCUUCACAAAACUGCCAACUGGCCUCUCACCCGCCAGCCCUAUGCAUCCCUCCGCGACAAGCUCAUCAUCUCCCUCCUAUCCGCUGGAAACUUCACCCGGGCUUUCAUCCACUCUGCCAUUCGGUACCUUAAGAUAGACCCUGUUGUCUAUGAUAAGGCCCAUCCGAUCCGACACAUUCACGCAUGGAGUCUGGUCAGACUCACUGUUUUCCUCUCCCAGGAAGGGUUCCCACCUAACCCUAAAGAUCCUGUCCAAGUGCAGGAUUUCCGACUGAACUUCCACUUCUUGAUAUGGUAUAUCCUUGCGGAGCUUACGAGCACUCAGUUGGAAAGUUGUACUGUGCCCAGCUUCAGGAAGCUAGUGGGGACUCAAUUUGCUCAGGUUCACAAUGAGUUCAAGGCCAAUGGUAUUGACCCUACUAAGUCUCGGGCUGCUCUUGGUGCUGAGAUGAAUAAGUUGGAGCAAAUGGUUAAUCAAGCUCUGGCGAAGGAGUAG